AUGGCGCAUGCCGCAGAGGAAUGCAGUUGCAUCCCUUCAUUGAUUUGGGGCUUUGCAUCUUCACCUCGACGUCCCAGCUUUCCCAUAACGCAAGAAAAAGCCGCCGCUAAGGAGCUGCUGGUGAAUCCCGGCUGCUUCACCUCUGCCGGCAUCGCCUCUCAGGCGGAUGGCCUUGUCUUCGCCUGCAGCGAAGGAGGUGAGGCUCGACUGCAGAUGCCUGAGUAUAUGCAGGUCUCGGAGGAGAAGAGUGAGGAGAUGCCGAUCAAGGAGGCGGAAAUCCUCAAGUUCACAAUAGAGAAGGGCCAUGCUCCCGAGACUGGUUUGUGGCUGGCUGGGCGCAAGUUCCGGAUCUUACGCAUUGAUCUGGACGAUGAACCCUACACGACCUUGGUUGCUGUGAGCACCAAAUGGCGCCGGGACGGUUUGGGAGUGGUCGCCAUCAGUACCGGAGCCAACAUCCUGCUGUGUCGUUUUGACGAGCCGGGCGAAAAUUUGUACAGCAUCUUGGGAUGUAUGCGCAAAAAUGCCGCGGCCUUUGCCGAUCUCAUGAAAAAUGAAGGCAUGUGA